AUGCCUAUGAGGAACGCGCUGGUCGCCAUAGCUUUCGUCCUACCAGCAGGAGCCGAAUUUGCCGUUCCUGGAGAACAAAUGACGACCUGUGAUUCUCACCGUUUGAACAUUCAUCACCUUCAUUGUGAGAAUGGAGUGAUCCAAGUAGAGGAAGCUCUGUACGGUCGGUCAAGCUCAGCGGUGUGCACUGAAGAUCGACCUCCACGGCAGCUGGCAAACACUGAGUGCGCUCACCCAGGCACACUUGAAACCAUGCGUACAAGAUGCAACGGAAAAAAGACGUGUGAGAUCAACACACGUAUUUUCCGCAAACCUGAUCCCUGUCCUGGCACCUUUAAGUAUUUGCAGACCAACUACACCUGUCCGCUUGCAAUCACGGCGGUAGCAUGCGAGGAUUCUUUGGUGCAUUUGUUUUGUGUUGAAGGGCUAGUUAUCAAGGUCUACAGCGCCUACUACGGACGUCGCGACACCAACACGUGUGUCCUCGGAAGGCCUCGGAAACAAGUGCGAAAUACCGAAUGCCUACACCCGACUGAAAUUGUCCCUGACAGGUGCAAUGGGCGCAACAACUGUACUAUUCUUGCAAGCAAUAGUGUGUUUGGCGAGCCCUGUGGCGGCACCUACAAGUACUUGGAGGUUUCUUACACAUGUGAAUGAUCCUUCGAGAUAAGCCUCACACACCUUGCAAAAAAAAAAAA